AUGGCUUCCUGGACAGGGGCCAACGGUACCCAGCUAUCUGCUGCAGCGCUCACAGAUCCCAAAGCCUUGAAGAAGCACUUGGCCAAUGGUACUUCCAUUUCAUCUCACUUUGCAUCUUCUUCUGUGCCAGCUCGUCGCGGCAGUGAACCCCCUCGUUCUGAGCCUUUUUUUGAAACACCCUUGAUUCCCGAUCUUGCAUCGCAAAAAUCAAAGGAUGACGCUUACGAUGCCCUUGAUCAUAAAGGCAAGAAGGCCGUGAGCUCACAGAAUGCGACAAUAGCUGGGCAAGCGGCCUCGAGCUCGUUUGAUCCACGUCGCCUUCUCGAUCCGAAAGGCUUCAGCAAUGACCAACGGCAAAGAGAUUCUAAGAGCGCUUCAACCGAAUCUACUAUAGCUCAACCAAGUCCUUCCAAUCUGCACCUAAACGGUAAACCCUCCGAGGCCGACGUCAAUGGCUUGCGCAAGCGAGACCACGAGGACUACGAAGGUCAGGGUAUGGGCAGCUUGAUUGAGAAAGUGCAUAAUGUUUCACAACGUGAAGAACGUCCGCAGAAGAAGCCGAAAGCCGAGAGCGGCGAGUUCGAUGUCGAAGAGGACAAGAAGGUCAGCUUCGUUGGCGGAGGCAUGGGUGGAGAGAUCGGAGAAUACUUGAAAGAGAAAAAGAAGCAAGGCAUCGCGGAGUCAGGGUCUGUCAACGCCGUGGUAGAUCUGACUGGAGAUGAUGAAGAUGAAGAAAUCGUCGUCGUUGGUGACAGUCAGGAGAAGGAAGUGUGUUAUGGACGCUUGCAACAGACAAAAGUUCAAGCUCAUCAACUGCCGUGCCCCGGCGGUAAAGCUGUCUACAUCAGUAAGGGCGACUGGCCCGCCAUGAGGUUGCAGCUCAAGCGUUUCCCUGGAAAAGACAACAUUAUUCGCGUCAUCGAUCCCAUGGGCAAAGACUUCGGCAACGUUGAUCUGAAAACCUCAUUCGCCCUUGCAAGGAUCAUGGACUCCAAAAACCCUCGAUUUCGAACGCAAGCUAGGAUCACCAUAAGAAAGAGACAGCCUAACGACUACCCGGGCAAAGAAUGCUCCGAAUACUUUGACAUUACGAUCAACUUGUACGGUCCGAAGGUCAAGGCCCAGCCACUGGGUAAAUUUCUCAGGCAGAGAAGUGUUUUACUCGGACCUCCAUUCAUGGUAGAUAGUGGGAUCGAGGUCGUCAACCCACAUCAACCUGCCGACACGCCUCCGAGGACCUCUUAUGGAGGGACACAGAGCGCGCCCCGUACAGCUCCUGGUUACGUCGUUCGUACUGCAGAGGAGAUUCAUAACGAUAUUGUUGGAAUGUUUGAUUCUCUUGAGCAGUCAGAGAAUCUGCCAGAGAAAGAAGCUGACCCUCGUAUCAUCACACCGUUGCUCAGCCAUCAGAAACAAGGUCUCUACUUCCUCAGCAACAAGGAAGAAAAGCGAGUUUUCAGCGACAACGACGAAGACAAUAAUUCGCUGUGGCGCUUAAGAUAUCGACCUAAUGGAUCACCUACCUAUUACAACGUCAUCACCGGCACAGAAGAGCGCAAUAAGCCACCUGAAGUACUCGGAGGAAUCCUAGCAGAUAUGAUGGGUCUAGGCAAGACACUGAGUAUCUUGUCUCUCAUUGUUGGAAGUUUGGAGGCAGCCGGCGAAUGGGAAGAGAUCGGGCACUUGCCAGAAAUAGAUGGCGACAGAGCCUUGAUUCGCAAUUCGAAAACCACAUUACUUGUCUCUCCGUUGAGCACUCUCGCGAACUGGGAAGAUCAGAUCGCUACUCACAUCAAGCCUGGGGCAUUGAACUACUAUGUCUAUCAUGGCGCCAAUCGUAUCACAGAUAUUAAUGCUUUGGCCCGAUUUGAUCUUGUUAUUACGACCUACAGCAUCGUGGCUAGCGAAUAUGGAGGACGUGCCAAACGCAAAGACAUCGAACCAUUGCUGCAAACGAACUUCUUCCGCAUUGUCCUUGACGAGGCGCACAUGAUCCGUGAGCAAUCCACCCGUCAAUCUCAAGCUAUCUGCGCACUUUCAGCCCAGCGAAGAUGGGCCGUGACGGGUACUCCAGUCCAGAAUAGAUUGGAUGACUUGGGAGCGUUAGUCAAAUUUCUACGAGUCCAGCCUUUCGACAAGGGCGGCUUUUCUCAAUUCAUCCUUGCUCCGUUCAAGAACGCAGAUCCUGAAAUCAUACCGAAGCUUCGACUUCUUGUGGACAGCAUUACUCUUCGACGUCUCAAAGAUCGCAUUGAUCUUCCUGGGCGCCAUGAUCACGUUGUUAGAUUGCCUUUUACUGAUGAAGAGUUUGGUCUGUACGACUGGUUCGCAAAAGAUUCUCAAAAUACACUGAAGGUCAUUGCUGGUGAGCAGAAAAAGAGCUUGGGCGGGAAAACGUAUGCCCACAUCCUUCGAGCAAUCAUGCGACUCCGUCUGCUCUGCGCCCAUGGCCGUGAACUCCUCAGCGAAGAUGAUCUCAAAGUCACAGAAGGCUUUAGCUUGGACAACGCCAUUACCCUCGACGAUGAAGAAGAGGACAAUAGGCCCGCUCUCAGCCCAAAGCAAGCUUACGAGAUGCUCAUGCUUUUCAGAGAGACUGAUUCCGAUACUUGCGUUCAAUGUACGCGUAAGAUUAUCGUCAAAGACAGAGAAGAUACGCCAAAUGGUAGCGAUGAUCUACUUGGAUGCAUGUUGCCAUGUUAUCAGAUCAUCUGCAGACAGUGCAUGGACGCUGUCAAGAGUUCGAUUAUCCAGAAUUCUUCGGCGGACCAUCGCUUCAAGUGCCCUUUUUGCGAGCAGACGUUGCGAACGUCGUUUUUCGAGCUUACCAAGGACGGCAUCGAAGCCGCCGAAGAGGCUAGAGCUAUGGCUAGGGAAAAUCCCCGUCAUGCGAAGAUUAUGGGAAGAUAUGGUGGCCCACAUACGAAAGUCAAAGCACUUUUGGAGGAUUUAAGGAGAUCGGAAGUCGAGAGUCAGAGUCUACCGACUGGUGAACAGCCUAUCAAGAGCGUCGUCUUCUCAGGCUGGACCGCCAAUCUUGACCUGAUCCAGAUCGCGCUUGAAGACAGCAACGUCAAAUUUGUUCGUCUCGAUGGCAAGAUGAGCCGCAAGAACCGCAAUCUUUCUCUUGACGCAUUUAGAGACGAUCCGACAGUAUGCGUCAUACUCAUUUCCAUCAUGGCUGGAGGUCUAGGUCUCAACUUGACCACUGGAUCCAAAGUCUACGUCAUGGAACCACAAUUCAAUCCGGCUGCUGAGGCUCAGGCUGUUGACAGGGUCCAUCGUUUGGGUCAGAGACGCGAGGUUUUCACUUACCGCUUCAUCAUGAAGGACAGCUUCGAGGAGAAGAUGCUGGAUCUUCAGCGCAAGAAGCAGAACCUCGCCGAUCUCAGUAUGAAUCGUGGCAGAAUUGACAAGGCUGAAGCAGCGAAGCGCAAGCUGGAUGAGCUUAGAAGCCUCUUCAGGUAG